AUGGCUUCUAAUUCUGUCAAAGGUUCAAUUCUCUCAGCCGUAAUCGAAAAUAAUGCAUCCCUGGCGAACCUCAAGUUUGACUUCUCUCUGGUCAAAGUCGAAGCGCCUGUCGAGUUUGAGCGGCUGGGAUCUGCUCUGACAGUUCGGAGACGAGAUGAAGCCGAGUAUGGCCCUCAGCACCAGACAGCUCGACGGCUGGCAGCGUUAUUCGAACCCCUAGUCCCGUCUACACCAAAUCUCAUAUCCGCUUAUGGCAAAAGAGUCUCCGAAAUCAUCGAGUCACCUGGUAUCAAUCCCGUCGGUUCUCGAGCUCAUGGCCCGUUCAGGGACUUUAUUGGGGCGGACGGGACAGCAGUAUGGGCGGCUGCGACGUCCGGGGUCGCAGCGCUAGGUAUCUAUCUUCUCUCCUGUCUGCUUGUACGAGCGUGGGAUUCCAAGGAAGCGAUAUCAAUCUGGGUCGAGCUGGUCGACAAGAGAAAGCAGGAGAUUCAGAGUGCGUUUGAGAGAAAUAUCUCCAUGUCUACAGCCAGCGCCAUGAGCUCUCUACCACCAAUUGCUAGAGAUGAUCUCGCACUGUGGGAUGCAAGCUCGCGCUCGUGGCUACGCAGUGCCGAUCAGGCAAAGCAGCGUGAGCAUGAUCAGCUGUUACUCAUAUCGAAGAAUAUCAAUAUGCCGUAUUUGAGGAGCUCUUCUAUGUACGACACGGUGGUUUCGACCUGGAAACGGGCGAUGCUGGCUGCCGAGGAUCUGCUAUGCGGUCGCCCUCAGUCGAUAUCCGACGCCGGUGUGAUCUUAGCCCUUUCGUCCUGGCACCUAUACCCAGACCUGAUCGUCCUCAGGAACAAAACAGUCAACGUGAAGUUCGGAGACCCCUUAUUCCCUAGUACUGGGGUCUGCACGAUUGGGUUUGAGCAGUUAGACGAGGACACAGAAGGUGUCCGUUGGUCGUUGGCCCUAUCCCAUCUGCAGUACUACGGAGGUGCUGCGAAAGUUACGGGACCAGUAGACCAUUCUCGAGUGACUAUCUCACAGCUGCGCAUUGUCGCUUUGGGAGGUCUCCUUGGCCACUGGGGGGUUGUCCCGAAAGAAUUUGAAGAUGCUGUUGGGCUAUUCUGUUGCAUUGGAGAAGCUAUGGAUUCUUCGGCCCCUGAAAAUCCACAAAGAUUGGGUAGUCAAUUGCCAGGAAGGUGGAUUUAUCCUAUUAUCCAAGCUUCCAGGAAAUUGAACUCAUCUAGGGGGGAAGAGAAAGAGGAAAAUAUCAGGCUUCUCAAAUACGGUCAACGGAGAGCGCAGACGUUCCUUCGGCGGGACAAAGAUAUAAUUCCGCCUUACUUUGGUCUCUGUAACCAACUUCUCCUCUCAGCGUUUUCAGGAAAGGACUGUGACAUUGUGUAUUUGCGAGGACUUGCACAGUCUACGGGCUACGCGAGUAGUGACAGUCUGAUUGUCCAGCCUCACUGGGUUGGAGGGAGUUCAAAGAUUGGAAAUCCUCAUUAUUUCGAGUAUGCCACAGCGGUUCCUCUCUGGAUAAAGGCUCCAGGCAAGAGGAGUUCGAGUGGAGAAGAGGUUUACAAUGAGGUGCAUGCAAGAUGGUACUCCAAAGCUUUCGGUAGCAGUAAAGACAUUAUUGAAGUGGAAAAGGACAUCAACAACCGCAUCGCCCAGGUCUCCAGUGUCAAUGAGCGAUGCCAUUAUUCUAGGUACGGACAUACCAUGGCAAAUGAUGACAUGACCUGGCUAAACUGGAAUAAUUAUCCGCCGCUUUUACGCCACCGAGCACCCCCAGGAUUUGCCAGUCGACGAGCGGCUACAUCAGACUUGGAUUGCUUCCUACAAGGCAAGGUAAAUAACACGUACCACUCUCCACCGCUAGAGUUUUUAAUAGCACCCAAAGGAGCUUUGGGAGCUAGGUUUGAGUUCACCAGCGUUCAUGGAAACCGGCACUUAGCUCUAUGCGUUAGAGACACGGCCAACUACUGGGACCGGUUGGAGGGCGUUGUCAAAAGCAACAUUACAACCCCGGCGCAAGCUGUUCAGUAUCUUCGUCAAUAUCCGAUACAAAUAUCAAAACUAGAUGAGUACCUAACCACAGUGUAUCCGACAAGAGGCUACUCAACUGAUAUGCAGAUAUUCAUAUUAAGCAAUGCUGAAGAUGUCCCCCAGUCUACCGCUACUGCUCUGCACGCCUUGUAUAUCUCCACGCUCAUAUACAACAACCUGGACCAGUCAGCUAUACUGUUGCGCAUUACCUCCCAACCACUAUGCAAUGCUACUUGGGUACGAGCACAGCCUGACCCGGCAACGAGGGCGAUCAUACCAGGGCCGCUCCUCACUAGACAAGAAGCCUUUGCCUGUAUUGCCCACUUCGAUUCAGGCCAGGCGGAUGUCAUCCCAAGGGCUCUAGACAGUGCUUUGGCAAUGUGUACCCAGAACUCGAUUUUUGUAGCAGCAGCGGUACUAUCUGAUCCCCUGGAAGAUGUUAAGGGGUACGAAAUCAGGCGGCUGGUGGGAAAUAUUGGGAAGAGAGGCAUAUCGAUGCUGGUUGCUCCCCGCAACCCACGGAUUCGCGAGCCCAAGUAUGACCACUCUAUCGUCAACCAUGCACCCUACGACGGGAAAAGGGAGAACAACUUCAAUGACACUUCGCUACAUCUCUCAUUUACCGAGUGGACUAUACCGCUAGCUACGGCAGAUAGCCAGACUAUCGACCAGGAUGUCUUCCUGGUUGAGUCUGUCAUCUCAGUGCGAGACCGAGGAGAGUUGGUGGCUGAUCUUGACAUUCUCGGCAUUCAUGAGGAUAAGCUGAUGAUCAGAGAUGAGGCCUCUCUUAGCAUCCUUACCGAUGGGGUCGAUGACGAUGCCAUGCUUACUGGUGACCUUACGUCUAUAGAUAGCUGGGAGGAGCUGCUUGAUCCCCCCCUGGGUGUGGGUGUAUUUCGAGCGCAUGGGAACUGGGUUGCCCGCCUUGCUGCCACCAGCAUAUUGAUGCAGAGGAAGAAACACAAGGAAAUGGCCAUAUUCAACAAGAGUAUUAGCCCGAAGUCGUUUGGCCCUGCUUUACCCAUUGUGAAAAUGAGAAUAGAGAAUCUUCAGGGGUCCUUUAUCCUCAUAGACUGA